AUGCAUACUGAGUACAAGCCAGACGUUUCACUCUUCUUCCAAGAACCAAUACCUAUCAAUGCUGAACUUGAAAUCCCUCCAAGGAGCUACACCCCUGAUCAUUUGGAUGAAGUGUCAGAGGAUCAAUUGGACAGAAAUCUAGAUAUAGAAGAGCCCGAGAUUGAGAACGAAGCAAUUGAAGGUGAUGGCCAAGUAGAUGCAGAAGACAUUGCUCAGGAUGAAGAAGUUGAAGAGAAUGAACCAAGGAGGAGACUAGGCAGGAACCUUGGUGAAUGGGCGUCUCUGUCAAUGCAAGAAGUGGAAGAGUACAGCUUCAACGAUUUUAUGAUCGAGAUGCUUUCGAGACGUGCAGAAGCAGAAGCGAGGUUCUACAAGGGAAGUUCGGCCAAGAGCAUAGCUAAUGAGUACAAGAAAGCUCUUUCCAACUUUAUACAUAUGAAUGAGAGUGAAAUCAGGAACAACACCGACCUCACCUGCUUGGAUCAAAGGUUUUGGGUAGCAUGUGAUGCAAAUUUCAAGGCAUUGAAAGAGAUUGCCUUAAAAUUCAUGUCUAUUGCUGCAACCUAA